GUGACGUCACUUCCGCUUCGCGUAGCCCGCGCUUCCGGGCGCUGUGCACUGCUUCCGCCUCUGCGUUUCCACGGCAACGCGGCGCCCCGGGCCCUUCCCCGGUCCCGUCGGUUCAGUGGGACCCGCUGGCAUCCAGAAAUGUCAACCCCACCUCUGGCCGGGGCAGGGAUGCCUCCCGGUGCAUUCUCAGGAACACAGGCACAGGCAGCUAGGGAGGUCAAUACAGCAUCUCUGUGCCGUAUCGGCCAGGAGACCGUGCAGGACAUUGUGUUUCGAACCAUGGAAAUCUUCCAGUUACUGAGGAACAUGCAGUUGCCAAAUGGUGUUACUUAUCAUACUGGAACGUAUCAAGACAGACUGGGAAAACUACAGGAGCAUCUCCGUCAGCUAUCAAUACUCUUCAGAAAACUGAGAUUAGUCUAUGACAAAUGUAAUGAAAACUGUGCUGGACUUGAUCCUAUUCCCAUAGAACAACUUAUUCCUUACGUUGAAGAAGAUGGCUCUAAGCAUGAUGAUCGUGGUGCUGCUAGUCAGCUUCGUUUUGCUAGUGAAGAGAGAAGGGAAAUCAUGGAAGUAAAUAAGAAACUGAAACUGAAGAAUCAGCAACUGAAGCAGAUCAUGGAUCAGUUACGGAAUCUCAUUUGGGACAUAAAUGCCAUGUUGGCAAUGCGGAACUGAACAAGGAAAAUCAAACUUCAUAACAGAAAAUAUACAAAUAUGUUUGAGUAUACUUCAUUUUAAGAAUAAAUAUUUUUUCCUACAACUAUAUGGAAGCAGUACCUGAAAUAUCUUCAAGUUUAAAAUGUUUUGUGUGUUUGAUGACUUAAAUGGUGUUGGCUCUGUUUUCAUAAGAGUCAUCCUGCAGAUUGUACCUGAACAAGGUUGAUUAUAAUACAUUUUGUAGCUUAGAGUAAUAAUUUGGAUUGUUAUGCAGGUUGGAUCUGUGUAACAUAAGCAUUUCUGGAUUUUUUUAAUAAUACAUUAAAAUACAUUUUAAAUAUAUAAUCUGCUUGCAUUCAGUCUGUAGUGCAAACAACCUAUACAGAGUGGAAAAGUUGCAGUGUAGAACAGUAGCUUCAUUAAGCUACAGAACUGAAAUAAAUUAUCAGAUCUUGUGAUGCAAUAUGUUUUCCUAUUCUAGGAACAUGAAUUACAAGGUACUGCACCUCAUAAGUUCAUCUUAUCCUAUCGUUGUUAUUUUGGUAGCAUUAGAUAAAUCAGAGCAAAAUCAAAACCUACAUUAAAAUUACUCAUCUUCUCAUGGAUAUUAUUAAGUAAUUUUAAAUGAAGAGUGUCUGUUAUAUAUCCUCCACCUUAGCUCCUUCUGUAACUGUAUGUUAUCAUCUCUUGAAUACUGCUCCAACUGUUGUCUGUCCAGUAUUCUUGUAACUUUCUGUAUGGUUGCAGUACUUUGGUUUUGUGCAAUUUUCAUUAAUGCUUCUCCUGUGAAUUGUGGUCCCAAAAAACUUUGGAGUGUAUGAGCAGUUUACUAUUAUCUUCAGUUAUUCUGCCAACUUUCAUCUUUUAUUGUUCUACUCUGGUGCUCUUAUUGUCCAUAGAUGCUGCAAGUGCGCAGUGUAUCUCUUUAUGGAUUAACAAAUAUCUGAAGUAAUGCUGUUUCAAUACAAAUCCGUAGGGCAAUUGAUUUUUAAUACAAGCUGAAAACUGACCAUUCUCAUGACUUGCUUCAUGCACAUAACUUUAAAUUCUCAUUCCAUGCCCAAUUAGAUUCCUUAAUAGUUAUGUUUGGAAGGUUUGCACAGACCCUAGCAGGUAAGGUCAUGUUUUGCCCAUAUUACAAAUGGAAGAGCGGAUAGCUUGCACAGUGGCAGAGCUAGCAGCAGAACUGUUUGUUGCCCACUUAGCUUAGCAACUACAGUAAUUUCUUUUUGUCAGAAAUGAUGGCUGAUUUCUUCAGCUAUGAGAUGCUGUUGUUUAUAAGUAAAGCACAAAAAAAAACAGCUUAAAUUUUCAAAGAAAGCCUUUAGAAGGAAGUAAGGGCGUCUAGUAGAGAUUUUUUUUUGUUGUUCUUUAAGAUGCAGGUAUGUUUUUGUAUAUGCAAAGUGUAGUGGCAGCUUUUUAGUGUAUGUAUAAGCAUACACUCAGCCAAAGAAACAUUUCACAUGGAUUCUGAAAUGGAACCAAGAGUUUAAUGGUGAGGUAAAAUUGUUAGUAUUUUGUUCUAGCUUUGGAAUAACUGUAGAAAAUGGAGAUUAGUCUAUAGUUUUCUCCACUACCUAU